UCCGUGACGUCAGAAGGUCCUUCCCGUUCAUGGUCCUACCUUAUGAAGAAGAAGAAGUAAAGGGAGGCGACUCGGAGCAUAUAGAGAGAGGAGUCUAUACCUGCCCCAGUUUAGGCUAUGAAAACUGCAUCAGAACAGCCUGCGUGAAUGCAUCCUUUCAGCUGUCUAGGCUUAUAGUCGGAGUCCUGCAGUUCUCCAAUGGAUCCUUCUGAGGGUGAGCUGGACAGCGGAUCAGCGGGGUGCAGUGUGCCGCUCAUCCCUGAUUCAGAACAUAGACCUGAAAGGGAAAACCUCUCCUCCACAAGUGAAACCGACGAAAACUGUUUGUUCCAGGAUGCAGUUAGUUAUCCUCUUAGGAAUACAAGAAUACGAAGAGGUCAAAAACGGAAAUUGAAGUCUUCAUCUGCCUCGAUUUCAUCUUCUGACGACACUUUUAAUGUUCUACCCUUGAAGAAGGAACUCUCAGAGUUUGUUAAACAUCCCUUCCGUAACUGGAGGAAAUGGAAACCAAGUAAGACAAGAAAGAUUAGGUCUUUGGUGAAAGGUAAAGGGCCACGGAGAAAGAAAACCACUACCAAACAUAAACAAUAUUCUGUUCCCUUGGAAGAAAGAAGGCGCCGACUGUUGGAUCAAGGAAUUAAAUUUCCUUUUACACCACUCAAGUAUCUUCCAUUGAAGCUGUAUUUUAAAUAUGAGCAAUUCGUUUUGGGUGGAUUCUUAAACCAUGUAAAAAAUCUUAAAUACGAGCGUUCCUUAAAGCAGUCUCUGGAGGACAUGGAAGGAGAUGAAAAUUUGAAGAAUGAGAACUUUGGAAUAAGGGAAUUCUCCUAUUUGGAUGAAGAUGAGUCUCUAUCGCCCAUUUCUGAUCCUGGGGAAAACCUUAAUGAAGACGAAGCGGAGGAAGAAGUAAAAGUUGUGGAGAACAGUGCCUUCAUUUUGAACUGCAAAGUACCCAGCAAGCAAAACUGGCAAAUGAAGAAGAAAAAAUCGGCACAUGAAUAAAAGUUAAUGUGGACUGACAAAGGCUAAAUGUUUUGGUCGUAUU